GGGUAGGCCGUUGCGAAGGGCAGCCUAUAGACUACCUAGAGGUUAUAUAAAAUAUAUAGUCCAGGAGGAAUUGUAUUCGUUCAUAUUUGAGGAGGCAUUUUUCUUAUCUUCUCGUGUGCACCUAUACUCAUUUCUACUCUCCAAGGCAAAUAGGCUCCUGUAAACCGGUUGGACGUUGCAUGCUGUAUUGACUGGCUCGCAGUAGCCUAGUAUUACUCGUUGGUUUUCAUAAUCUCCCAGAUUGCCGGCUGGUACUGCAGUCGAUGCUGCAGUUGUAGGCUCUUGCACCGGGCUGUGUGCUGCGACAGCAGACUCAAUGAGAAAGGAAUGCUUGCCUUCGUUCUGAUCUCUGGGUCUAUCUGGAUUAUAUUAGAGCUGAGUUCCACCCUGAUGGAGAGGAUGCAGACCCAGGAGCUGCAGAGCAGUCUACAGCUGCCAGAGCUGGAUGAGUUAAACCAGUUCUUCCGCUCCCUGCCCAUCUCCACACUGGUGGGCAUCGGUGCCCUGACCGCUGUGCUGGCCUACUGGCUGGCCACACGGCCACGUGCCAUCUCUCCUCCCUGCAAUCUCCAACACCAGUCUGAAGAAGUGGCGCAUGAAGAUGGGGUUCGCAGGUCCAUGCUGGGGGACAGCCCCAAUAAUCUGCUGACACACUACCACGAGGAUGCCAAAACCAUGUAUGAGGUGUUCCAGAGAGGCCUCCACAUAGCCGGUGAUGGACCUUGCUUAGGCUCCCGGCUACCCGAAAAGCCUUACAAGUGGCUGUCCUAUAAAGAGGUCACAACCCGGGCGGAGUACUUAGGGUCGGGGCUGCUGAGCCAGGGCUGCACGCCGUGCCCAGAUCAGUUCAUCGGAGUGUUUGCACAGAACAGGCCAGAGUGGAUCAUUUCGGAGCUGGCCUGCUACACCUACUCUAUGGUGGUGGUGCCUCUGUAUGACACACUAGGGCCUGAUGCCAUACGCUACAUCAUCAACACUGCGGACAUCGUCACAGUAAUCUGUGACAAGCCUGAGAAGGCCCAGGUGCUUUUGGGUAACGUGGAGAGGCAGGAGACCCCUGGGCUGAAGAGAAUCAUCCUGAUGGACCCCUUUGAUCCUGCCCUGCUGGAGGAGGGGGCGGGCUGCGGGGUCAUCGUCCAGUCCAUGCAAGAUGUGGAGGAUCUGGGCAGAGAGAACCACAGAAAGCCCCUGCCACCUACACCAGAAGAUCUGUCCAUCGUGUGCUUCACCAGUGGUACCACAGGAAACCCAAAGGGAGUCAUGCUGACACACGGGAAUGUUGUGGCUGAUUUCUCAGGCUUCCUCAAAGUGACAGAUAAAGUAAUAUUCCCAAACCAAGACGACGUUCUUAUCUCCUUCCUGCCUCUGGCGCACAUGUUUGAAAGACUCAUCCAGUCUGUGGUGUAUUGUCACGGUGGCCGGAUCGGUUUCUUCCAAGGCGACAUCCGCCUGUUGUCUGAUGACAUGAAGGCCUUACGGCCCACCAUCUUCCCUGUGGUACCUCGACUGCUCAACCGCAUGUACGACAAGAUAUUCAGCCAGGCCAACACCCCAUUGAAGCGUUGGCUGCUGAACUUUGCAGCUAAGAGAAAAGGGGCAGAGGUCAGCAGGGGGAUCAUCCGCAUGGACAGCCUGUGGGAUAAGAUAUUCUUCAGUAAGAUACAGGCCAGCCUGGGUGGGAGGUUACGCAUGAUUGUAACUGGAGCUGCGCCGGCCUCCCCCACUGUACUGGGGUUUCUCAGGGCUGCACUGGGUUGUCAGGUGUAUGAGGCGUAUGGCCAGACAGAGUGUACUGCUGGUUGUACUUUCACCACUCCUGGAGACUGGACCUCAGGUCAUGUGGGGGCACCAUUGCCAUGUAACCUCAUCAAGCUGGUGGAUGUGGCUGAGAAGAACUACUUUGCACGCAAGGGAGAAGGAGAGGUGUGUGUGAAAGGACCCAAUGUUUUCAAGGGCUACCUCAAAGACCCUGAGAGGACUGCUGAAACCCUGGACACAGAUGGUUGGCUCCACACCGGAGACAUAGGGAGAUGGUUACCUAACGGUACACUGAAGAUCAUUGACAGGAAGAAGCACAUCUUUAAGCUGGCCCAGGGAGAGUACAUCUCCCCUGAGAAGAUAGAGAACAUUUACAUCCGCUGUGAGCCUGUGACCCAGCUCUACGUCCAUGGUGACAGCCUACAGUCCUGUCUGGUUGCCAUAGUUGUUCCUGACCCAGAGACAAUGCCUGCAUGGGCCCUGAAGAAAGGCAUGGAGGGGAGCUAUCGGGACCUCUGUAAAAAUACUGUUCUGAAGAAAGCCAUCAUGGAAGACUUGCAGAGACUGGGCAAGGCCAGUGGCCUCCACUCGUUUGAGCAGGUGAAAAACAUCCACAUCCACAACGAGCAGUUCUCCAUACAGAAUGGCCUGUUGACUCCCACACUAAAAGCGAAGAGACCCGAGCUGAGGGAGUUUUUCAAGGAGAAGAUUGAAGACCUGUACGAAAAACAUCUCCAUGUGAAACACUACCACAGAAUAAACAUUUCUCAGUAACAUCAGUCCUCAUUUAACAUUUGUCAUUCACUCCCCUUCACCCCCAUCCAACCACAAAACAGACUCAAACCAACCAAACAAGUUACUGACCGUGGGUCAGGAAGGAAGUAUCAACUUAGCUCUUUGGACCCCCACUGACCAAGUUCUGUCUGCUGCUCCAGGGCAGCCUAGCAGUGUGUUGGGCCAGUAACCGAAAGGUUGCUGGUUUGAAUACCUGAGCCGACAAGGUGAAACAUCUGUUGAUGUGCCCUUGAGCAAGGCACUUAACCUUAAUUUACUCCAGGGGCGCCGUACUACUAUGGCUGACCCGGUGAAACAACACAUUUCACCUACAGUACUCGGUAUAUGUGACAAUACAUCUGUAUUAUUUUUUUCCAAUGUAGAGCUAAAACCAAAUCAGCCUCAUCUCUUAUCUUGAAACGCCAGCAACAGACAGUCAACAUAGCCUGCAUGCUCCUCUUUCUUUUGUAGGCCUAUCAAAACAUUACAAAAAAAUGAUGCAAUCUUUAAGUUUUUCUCCAUGUUGUGCUCAGAGAAUUUGCCUGGUAAGAACAUACCGACCUCAAAUAAGGGCAUUGCAUGCAGUGUGCCCUGCAUUGCUGGGACCGUUGUUACAGGAGACUUCAAAAUGAGUCCUGGGCUUUAAAGGCAGUCAACAGGGGUGUAAAAACGUUUUGUCUGUUGCAAAACCUUUUCCAACAAAAACAGCUUAAUCAAAACGUAAAACAUUUUUUCAACAAAAACUAGAGUUUUAUUGGACAAAUUCAGGUAGGCCCCUCCCGUUCCAUUUGUUCUGUUUGCUUCCAUUUGGUUCCUAGAGUAAAUGGUAAACGCUUUCCAUGCAAGGCAAAACGUUUUGCAACGGAAUCCGACUAAUGAAUACACCCUGGUAUACCAACACCGUCAACCGUCAUACUGCAAGGCUUUUUCAUGUAGUCGAGAUCGACAAGCUCCACUCAUUGACGGAGGUUAAAACAAAAUGGACUGUGAAAAUGUGGGUUUAUGUAGUACAAAUGUAUAGGCUUUUGAGUUCAUUUCAGUCCCAAAUUAUUACUAUGUGGAUGUACAUAUUAAGGACAACUAGACAUAAGCAUAUUUAAGCAGUGGUUUGAAUGGAUUGUUUUGCGUGUAGUGAGAUGAAUUGUAACUUUAUUUAAUCUGUUGUCAAAUGGAAUCAGCACCAUAUCCUUGUAUUGAAUGAGUGCAGCAACAGGGAUUAGGGGUUGGGAUGGGACAUAGAAAAAUAAAAUACAUUCUGGAAUCAUUUUAA